UUGGAAAAAGAAAACAAGGAGCUCUUGAGGAAAAUGAGUGGCAUAUUUGGAUGUGAAAUAUACCAAAAACAGGGGAAACUAUCACAAACAACAGGGAAACUACAGGGAAACCGCAGGGGGAAACAUAUGAAACUGGAAAACAUGAGAAACAAGCACUAUAGGAAACAACCAGAAAGCAUGGUGCAUAAAAUGAAUUAAUCGUGGCAGUCACAUUCAAACAGUUGUUGUUGUCGUUGCAACUUAAAGGGUAUAUAUAUUUUUUUGUUAAAAAAACGAAGAAAAAAACAGAAUUUAUAUUUUUGUAAGCUCCAAAAUGGAUGAAAAUGCAUUGGAAGAAUCUCUUAUUGGUUACAAUGAACAGCUGGUUCAAAUAGAGGAGGCUUUAGCAACUUCCGAUGCUGUCACCAAACUAGAGCUGUAUGAUCUUGAGAAAGAUUUAAAGGAAUUAAUCAAGGUUACUGAAGAAAGCCUGUUGUCCUUAAAGAAGGGGAAGUUAUUAGGAAUUCUUUCUGAUAAAAAUAAUCUAGUUGAUGGUGAUGAUAUUUUUGGAGGACAGACACAGACUGCAGGAGAGUCAUCCAAAAAUGAAGAAACUACAGAAGAGAGUUCGGAAUUGGAUUUUGUUGGGACGAAAUGUCGAGUGAAGUAUACACAGGAAUGGGGAACCGUACAAUAUUAUAAUGCCAUGGUACUUAGUUACCAAGUUGAUGAAGAUAAUGACGAUUUGUUGAAGGUUAAAGUUUUGUUUCUUAAUCCGACUCACGAAGCUAUGGUCCCAUGUAAAUAUUUUCUUGAUGGGAAAUGCAGUUACGGUGAAGAAUGCAGAUAUUCUCAUGGCUACCAAGUCGAUGCCAAUGAACUGAAGGAGUAUGAGGAACCUGAUUUUAGUGGACUAAACAUUGACAGUAAAUGUCUUGCUAAAUAUGACAAUGAUAUUUGGUACAAAGCAACAAUUAGGGAUAUCCACGAAGACCAUGUGACAGUGUCUUACGACACAUACAGUGAAACGGCUGUGCUGGACUUUCACUCUAUUCUGCCGAUAACGUUAAACUCUGAUCCUGCUAGUAGCAGUAGUUCUGAUGAUGAGACAGACACUGAUGCAACUGACCAACCUGGUUUUGCUCAACUUACUUACAAACCGGCAUCACAGACUGGUCCAUUGGGUGGAUGGGAGGAACACACUAGGGGUAUUGGAUCAAAACUUAUGUUAAAAAUGGGAUAUAGAUUUGGAAAAGGACUUGGCAAAAAUGAGCAGGGUAAAGUUGAACCUGUGGUAAUUAGACUGUUACCUCCUGGUAAAAGUCUUGAUGCAAUAUUAGAAUUACGCGAGAAGGGAUUCAUAAAAGAUCCAACAAAAAAGAAAAAAGUCAAAAAUGAUAAGUUUGGGGAUCAACAGAAUAAGGGUACAACAACUGCAGCAUUUGACUUGAUAAACCGACUAACACAUAAAAAAGGUUCUCAUCAUGGUGGCCACUCAUCUCAUCAUUCUCAUAAAGUAAAAUUUGGAGUCGAAGAUUCGUAUAAACUACUUAAAAAGGGCUUAUCGAGGCAAAAAACUGGACACGUAAGGCAAAAGGAAAAACAUUCCAAUAUCAAUGUACAUAUAUUUAAAAAUAACGAGAAAAUUUUAACAGUAAAGAAGAAAUUAGCGAAACAAAAAGAAGCACUGGCGAGGAAUCCAGGGGAUACGCAUGUUUCAAGGACGAUCAAGAAGAACAUAGAACUGACACAGCACGAACUAAACGAACUUGAAAAAAUUGAGAAAUCGUUACACGAUAAACAAAAUAUGAAACAUCAAUCGAAAAAAUUAAGUAUUUUUUAAAUUUUUUUAUAUUUAUAGUAGUUUUAUUCUGUUUUGUUUAUUGUAAUUCAAGACUAAAAACUA